CGUGAACCUCUACAGCGUGAACCUCUACAGCGUCAACCUCUACAGCGUGAACCUCUACAGCGUCAACCUCUACAGCGUGAACCUCUACAGCGUGAACCUCUACAGCGUCAACCUCUACAGCGUGAACCUCUACAGCGUGAACCUCUACAGCGUCAACCUCUACAGCGUGAACCUCUACAGCGUCAACCUCUACAGCGUGAACCUCUACAACGUCAACCUCUACAGCGUGAACCUCUACAGCGUGAACCUCUACAGCGUCAACCUCUACAGCGUCAACCUCUACAGCGUGAACCUCUACAGCGUCAACCUCUACAGCGUCAACCUCUACAGCGUCAACCUCUACAGCGUCAACCUCUACAGCGUCAACCUCUACAGCGUCAACCUCUACAGCGUCAACCUCUACAGCGUCAACCUCUACAGCGUGAACCUCUACAGCGUCAACCUCUACAGCGUCAACCUCUACAGCGUCAACCUCUACAGCGUGAACCUCUACAGCGUGAACCUCUACAGCGUCAACCUCUACAGCGUCAACCUCUACAGCGUGAACCUCUACAGCGUCAACCUCUACAGCGUCAACCUCUACAGCGUCAACCUCUACAGCGUCAACCUCUACAGCGUCAACCUCUACAGCGUGAACCUCGUCAACCUCUACAGCGUGAACCUCUACAGCGUCAACCUCUACAGCGUCAACCUCUACAGCGUCAACCUCUACAGCGUGAACCUCUACAGCGUGAACCUCUACAGCGUCAACCUCUACAGCGUCAACCUCUACAGCGUCAACCUCUACAGCGUCAACCUCUACAGCGUCAACCUCUACAGCGUCAACCUCUACAGCGUGAACCUCUACAGCGUGAACCUCUACAGCGUCAACCUCUACAGCGUCAACCUCUACAGCGUCAACCUCUACAGCGUGAACCUCUACAGCGUCAACCUCUACAGCGUCAACCUCUACAGCGUCAACCUCUACAGCGUCAACCUCUACAGCGUCAACCUCUACAGCGUGAACCUCUACAGCGUGAACCUCUACAGCGUCAACCUCUACAGCGUCAACCUCUACAGCGUCAACCUCUACAGCGUCAACCUCUACAGCGUCAACCUCUACAGCGUCAACCUCUACAGCGUCAACCUCUACAGCGUCAACCUCUACAGCGUCAACCUCUACAGCGUCAACCUCUACAGCGUCAACCUCUACAGCGUCAACCUCUACAGCGUGAACCUCUACAGCGUGAACCUCUACAGCGUCAACCUCUACAGCGUCAACCUCUACAGCGUCAACCUCUACAGCGUGAACCUCUACAGCGUCAACCUCUACAGCGUCAACCUCUACAGCGUCAACCUCUACAGCGUGAACCUCUACAGCGUGAACCUCUACAGCGUCAACCUCUACAGCGUCAACCUCUACAGCGUCAACCUCUACAGCGUCAACCUCUACAGCGUCAACCUCUACAGCGUCAACCUCUACAGCGUGAACCUCUACAGCGUGAACCUCUACAGCGUCAACCUCUACAGCGUCAACCUCUACAGCGUGAACCUCUACAGCGUGAACCUCUACAGCGUCAACCUCUACAGCGUCAACCUCUACAGCGUCAACCUCUACAGCGUCAACCUCUACAGCGUCAACCUCUACAGCGUCAACCUCUACAGCGUCAACCUCUACAGCGUGAACCUCUACAGUGUUAACCAGGAAGCGCUGCACACUAAAUUACUUUUUUUUUCGACAAUAAAGAUAUUGCCCGGGGGGAGUCGAACGGGGAGCUGGAGACCUUCUCGCGGGAGAUCGUCUUGA